ACGGACCUCACACACCACCACAACGCUGACUCCUCAGGCCCACCAAGAAUGGGCCACUCAAGGUCCCCAAGAUAUUACCUCUGAGGCCACCACCAAGCAAAUCCCUCAGGCCUCCCUGGAGCCAUCUGCCAAAAUCCCAGCAGAAGGAUCUCCAGAGUCAUCCAAAGACCCAGGCCCUUCCCCUACUGCUAGCGCCACUGGAGAAUCAGGCCCUGUCCGUGUUCGUCUGGCUGACGGACCCAACCGGUGUGCCGGCCGGCUAGAAGUGUGGCAUGCUGGACGCUGGGGGACAGUGUGUGAUGACAGCUGGGACCUACGGGAUGCCACUGUGGCCUGCUGGGAAUUGGGCUGUGGAAAGGUCCGGCCCCGAGUGGGCAAAACCCACUAUGGCCCUGGGACUGGGCCCAUCUGGUUGGAUGACAUGGGUUGUAAGGGAAACGAAGCCUCGCUGAGCGACUGCCCCUCGGGGGGAUGGGGGAAGCACAACUGUGACCAUGAGGAAGACGUGGGGCUCACCUGCACUGGAUACACAGACUAUGAUGACUAUCCCCCCUGGACCUGGGACUCCACCUCAGGAGAGGACCUUGCCAAGGGGAUCACCACAGCAGCACCUGGACACACUCUCUCCUGGGGCACCACCAGGCGCCCAGGGACUCCCUCCCCAGAUACAAGGCACCUUCCAGACACAGGUGAGGGGCAUAACUGGGGUGGCCGUAGGGACCUCCCUAAACCUCCAUUCGCCCCCCUGCAGAGCUUUCCAGAAAGACCCUUCUAA